GGAAUCUGCUGAAAUCAUUGUUGCACUAUAUGCUAACUAAUUUGGAUGUAAAUUUUAAAAAAUAAAAAAAAUAAAAUUAAAAAGCAGGAGAAAUCAUAUCAAUCCUGGUGCUUCUUUCAGACCGACAAGUGUGAAAUUUAAGCAGCAAGCACCACGAGGGGCUCAGCUAAAACCACCGAGACCAUCCAGUACCCAACAAUACAUCUCCUCCCUCUAGAGGUCAGAUGACAGUCUACACUGGCUGCUUUACCAACUCAGACACUCAGGCUCCUGUGCUUCCUGCCAGCCAGCCAGCAAUGGAAAUCUUGCCAGAGUCUACUUCAUGUCACUCUUCCUGCCUUCUCCAUUGUCCCUGCCUCUGGCCCCCAAGGCCGAUGCUCGGCCAAGGUCCUUCCCCUCUCAUUGGUUUGCCUGACCAAAUGUAUGAAGUCCACACUCCAAUGUAAAUAAUAAAUGACAUUUGCCCAGUAACCUAAGGUUCAGGGUUUGCUUUUGCAUCAAUUAUCUGAUUGAACCCUAUCCCUGUGACAUGCAUAGACCCCUUUUUUUAAUGUUUAUUUAUUUAUUUAUUUUGAGAGAGAGAGACCGAGAUGGGGGGGGAGGGGCAGAAAGAGAGGGAGACACAGAAUACCAAGCAGGUUCCACGCUGUCGGCACAGAGCCUGAUGCAGGGCUUGAUCUCACAAACCUCAAGCUGAUGACCCGAGUCAUCAAGAGGCGGACAUUUCACCGACUGAGCCACCCAGGUGCCCCAAGAGACCCAUUUUAUAGGUGAGCAGACUGAGCAGUACAAAGAAGUGACUGACUCAAAAUCACACAGCUAGUUAGCACGCUGAGACAAGCACUCGUCCAGUCUGAACCCGAAGCGUGAGCUUUUCCAGCUACGCUACAACAGACCUCAAAAGGGGGAAAUUUUCUGGCUAAUGUGAAAUACAGAGAAGAAGCUCCCUGGGCUCGGACCUAGUUUGCGGAGACAUGGCUAAAUGCACCUAGAAGGUCGGAAGCCUCGGUAAAUAGGGGACCCGUCAUGGUGCCUCCCACAGGAAAAUGGCGAGAGAGAUUGAAAUAAGCCAGCACACUGAGUACACUUGCUCCUUCUGUGGCAUCACCAAGAUGGAAGACGAGCUGUGGGGAUCUGGCUGUGGUUCCUGCAUGAGAACGGUGGCCCGUGGCUCCUGGCCCUACAACACUGCGUGUGCCGUUACCGUAAAGUCAGCCAUCAGACUGAAGGACUUGAAAGACCAGUAGAAACUCCACCAUUUGAAACGUUGCUAGCCUAUAAUAAAUGGGUUAACUUAUGUAACAAAAUUUAAAAAAAAAAAAGCAAUGAAGAAUAAGAGAGGUGUGGAGUUUCCUCAUUUUAA